UGAAGUUGAACCCCUUUUUUUCUAACCUGUAAAAUGCUCUCUCCUUCUCUGCCUGUGGUAUGGCAAAGGCGUUGUUUCGUAGUCUACGUAGAGCUUCUUCGCUCCUCGUACUCUCAACUCCUUCUAACUCGCUUUCUUUCAGGUCAAACUUCCAAGCCCAGGAAUCAAUUUUUAAUAUAACCAAGCACUUUUUUCCACUCAACCAGCCAAGCCCCUUGUGGACUUGCAGAAACUUAAGCCAUGGUUCGGUGAGCCUCAUUAUAUCAGAAGGAAAGCCUAAGUUCGAAACACAUAAGGUGGAUCCUCCAAAGAAGCACAAAUGGACGACAAAGAAGAGGCUAAAGAUGAAGAGGAUGAAAGAGAAGCAUAAGAGAAAAAUGGCUAAUAAGAGAGACCCACGUAGUCUUGGCAUCAAGGGGAAGAGGAAGCGGAAGUUUGAGAAUGCCGAAGAGAGAAUUAAGUACAAGCUUGAAAAGGCCAAAAUUAAGGAGGCUUUGCUGAUUGAAAGACUGAAGCGGUAUGAAGUUCCUAAAGUUCAGGGUCCUGAAGUAAAAUCCCAUGAACUGACCGGUGAGGAGCGGUUUUAUUUAAAAAAAAUGGCCCAAAAGAGGUCUAAUUAUGCACCGGUUGGCAGAAGAGGAAUAUUUGGUGGAGUAAUUCUUAAUAUGCAUAUGCAUUGGAAGAAACAUGAAACUGUUGAGGUCAUUUGCAAGCCUUGUAAACCUGGGCAAGUACAAGAGUACGCACAAGAAAUUGCUAGAUUGAGUGGUGGGAUCCCGAUACAGAUUAUUGGAGAUAACACUAUAAUAUUUUAUCGAGGAAAGGACUACGUGCAGCCACAAGUUAUGUCACCUAUAGAUACUUUAUCCAAGAAAAGGGCACUGGAAAAGUCCAAGUAUGAGCAAUCACUUGAAUCGGUACGACGCUUCAUUGCUAUUGCUGAGAAGGAAUUAGAACUCUAUUACAGGCAUAUUGCACUCUAUGGUGACCCAAAUGAUAGGAAUCCCAUUUCCAUCUUGGACAGUCCAAGAAAAGACUUCCAGGAAUCAGGGAAACUUGGAAAGGAAAGCCUCGAUCCAGCUAGUGAUUGCUUUCGUGCAGAUCUUUCAGAAUCAGAAGCAGAUUCCCCAGAAGUAUCAGAAACUGAAGAUGAUUUUGAAUAUGAUGACUUAUCCACAAGUGAAUCAGAUUCCGAAGAUGACAGCAUAUUUGGUUCCAAUGAUGAAGACAGAGAACUAAGAUCUCCAGCCAAGGAAGAGAACUACCUCACAAUUUUGGGUUUUCCAUCAAUGUUUGAAAGUAAGUAUGAUUCUGGCAAUCCAGAUUUUGCAAAAGAACAUGUUGUAGCCGUGAAAAGUUAAUCUAUAUUUCACGUUCUUCUCU